AUGGCGACCGCACUCGGCGAACUGGGGGCUGCGACAGUUAUUGCUAGCCGCCGCAAAGCCUUAUGUGAACAGGUUGCAGCGGAGUUACAAGAAGCUGGCAUCAGAUGCGUCGGACUUGGCUGCGACGUCACUGACGAAGCACAGGUCAACGCGCUUGUGGAAGAUGUGGUCAAAAUGCACGGGCGGUUGGACAUAAUGGUGUGCAACGCCGGUGGUGCUGCGACAACGAGCUAUAUUCCCAACGCUUCGAUUGACGAAUUCACCCGCACAUGGGAGAUGAAUGUCAAAAGUACCUAUAUCUGUGCACAAGCCGCAGCCCGCGUGAUGAUUCCUCAACGCAGCGGUACAAUCAUCACCCUCGGAUCCAUACACGGUUUUCUGAGUGCCGAUAAACGUCUCUACGAAGGGUUGGAUUUCAAUCGUUCGGGUCCUCCCUAUCAGGCAGCGAAGGGCGGCAUAGUGAACCUGACGCGGGCACUCGCAGUUGAGUUGGGUGACUAUAAUAUCACCGUCAACUGUAUCAGUCCAGGACAGAUUCCAAAAUCGACGACAGAUCCGGAACUGGCAGAGCGGUGUCGCCUGAGCAACCCACUUGAACGCACAGGGGUUGCUGAUGACAUCAAAGGGUCCGUCGCCCUGCUCGCCUCACGUGCCGGCAACUGGAUCACCGGACAUAACCUCGUGGUGGAUGGCUGCUGGAGCCUCUGGUGA